AUGAAGUACAUAACAGCCACCGCGUUGCUCGUCGUAGGUGUUUUGGGCCGCCCAAUGACCAACACGACGGAUACAAAUCCAUUCAUCGGAAAAAACUACUUCGCAAACUCAGGAUAUGCCGCAAAAUUGGAAACCACAAUCAAAGCAUUCCUCGCCAAAAACGAUACUUUGAACGCAGCUCGAGUCAAAACCGUACAAAAAACAGGAACCUUCGUCUGGGUGACCACCGUCAGUGGACUAGAUGCCAUCGACAAAACCAUUGCCGAAGCACGCGCUGAGCAACUCCGAACUUCGCAAGAGCAGAUUGUCCAAUUAGUUCUCUAUGAUCUACCAGAUAGAGAUUGUUCAGGCGGAGAAUCAGGCGGCGAAUUUUCAUCCACGGCCAAUGGAUUGGAGCUUUACAAGACGACAUUUGUCGACUCAUACGCGGCUCGCGUUAAAUCCGCACCGGAUCUGACGUUUGCUAUUAUCCUAGAGCCAGAUUCCCUGGGAAAUCUUAUCACGAAUCAAAACGUUCCGUUUUGUGCUAACGCGUCGGCCAUUUAUGAGGAGGGGAUUGCGUAUGCGAUCUCGCAGUUACAGGCACCGCAUAUUUCGUUGUAUAUUGAUGCUGCUCAUGGUGGGUGGUUGGGUUGGGAUGGGAAUCUUGGACCUUCUGCCGCCGAAUUCGCCAAAGUCGUAGGACUCGCCCAAAAUAUCACCGCUGGAGCCACGAUCCGCGGGUUUUCAACCGACGUCUCGAAUUUCAAUCCAUAUAUCGCAAAUCCACGUGCAAACUACACGGAAUGGUCUAACUCAUUCGAUGAAUUCAACUACGCUAAAUCUUUGAGCCCGCAUCUCAUCGAGAAUGGUCUUCCGGCGCACUUCAUCAUUGAUCAAGGAAGAAGCGGACUCCAGAAUACCAGGGAUUCUUGGGGUGAAUGGUGUAACGCUGUUGCUGGGUUUGGAAUCAGACCGACUACUGAGACGAAUAGUACGUUGGUUGAUAGUAUUGUUUGGGCGAAGCCGGGAGGUGAGUCGGAUGGAGCUUGUGGGCCUGAGGUGGAGGGGACGAAGGGUCCGAAUGCUGGGUUAUGGUGGGAUGAGUAUGUGCAGAUGUUGGUUAAGAAUGCUGAGCCACCGUUAGAGAUUAACUAG